UAGGCUAUAGCAAAAUGUAGGUGUAUAGUAAAUAUUUUGUGUGUUUUACAACGUGGAACAAUGAGCUCCAAAGCUAAAACUGUCUCGAUGAAAUCAUUCGCACAAUUGGCUGAUUCGGAUUCGGAUGAAUACAAUAUUGAAGAUGAGAACAAGAUAUAUAAAGAUAAGCCAUUACAGAUUUCCAUUCAAAAAGCUGGAACAGACACUACAAUUUCUAAUUUGACUGGUGAAGCCAAAUCGAAUCCAAUCCCAAAAGUUAUUGAAUCAUCAGCAGAUACAAGCUUGGUGAAAGAUGCAAAUUCUCGUGAACACCAAAAAUCGCCACAUCCUCAGGUUAAAUCUGAGGUAGUUGAGCAUCAUCCUCUAAACAGAAGUUCAUCAAAUUCAUCUUCCUCUUCAUUAGAACUGGAUGCAGGAUUGGAAGGAUCACCACAGUAUAGAUACAGGAAGCCAAUAUUAUCUAAAGUAAGAGGAUCAUCCGUUGGCCGCAUCCGCGAUAUAAUGCCCAGGGUAGAGGACACAGAUGGGGGGAGCGAACCAACAGCCACUGGAUACUACAGCACAGCAUCAGCAAUGUGGUUAAAUCGAGGAAAAAUACUCUCCAAUCUUAAAAAGCAAGCAUCAGAUGGUGUUCGAUCCCUCACACAAUCCACAAGUUUAGACACGGGACACAACCAAGGAUUGCUCGCUACAUCUACAGAGCCAGAAGUCACCAAACCCCCUCCAAGACCUCCACCUCCUAACUUUACAAAGUCCUCGGAGGGAUUGAUCAAGAUUGAAGCAGAGAAUUUAGAAGAGGUAAAAGCGGACACGGAGGUCAGCUCUUUCCUCCAUGGGUUUAAAGAGAAAGUUUCCGAUCCUCUUCAAAUCCUCCUCAACAAGAAGAAAGAGGAAGAUGAGCUGAGGAAAGAAUUGGAAGAGAUGCAUUUUGAAACUGCAAGCAAGAGAGCAACACGCCACCGUUCUUUCACAAGUUCAUCGGCAAUUGACAGUGAUCAAUCGCCUAAGGUUGAAUUCUACCGACAAUCUGAUUCUCCAUCUCUACAAAGGAAAGCAACCGAAAACAGCAGUUAUAAACAAUCAUUCGCGGUAAGCCUUUCUUCACUUCUUGGUCGACGACACAGUUUAGAUGAAGCUUCAAGUUUAAGUAAAGAACUUCAAGAAGUCGACACGAUGACAGCGAGCGAAGAAAGUGAUCCAAACCUUCUGGAAUCUUACUCAAUCAACAACAACAACGUAACAAAGCAAUCUUUCAUGGUUGAAGAUGAGAAUGAGAUCAUAAAAGCAGUUGAACCACCACCAGUGCUAGUGUUACUGACCAUCUGGUGUAUUGUUUACUUUUAUCUCAUGUUUCCAAUCCCUGCAACCAUUGUUACUAUUGUUCGAAGUUUUAUGGCUGGUUGUAUAAUGACAUCAAGCGCACUAUGCGUAUUUGCCCCAGCAUCCAAGAGAACAAGACCCUUCCUACCUUUAUUUAUAAACAGAAGUCAACCAUAUGCGAUACCAAAGACAUUAUAUGACCCUAAUCUACCAUUGAAGGGUUGGAUGAAUGAAGCUUUCUUCUACGAUCCACAGACUUAUCACAUAAGCAAUACACAAGCUGCGUUUAUUACAUUAGAUGGAAACACACUGAGAAUACAAACCCCGCAAAAAAACAUCUCACGUAGAAGCACAUACAAGGAAGGAAACAUUCCAAUAUCCAACGUAAUCCAUCAACGAUUGUUUGACAUCACGUUUGCCAAGGUUUACCUCAAGCCAGAAGGUUUGGUUAAGAAGCGAGUAUGGAGCAAAAAAUAUCCAAUUUGUGUCGAGAUUCCAGUGAAAGAUCAAAACAAAAUGAAAAGCAAAACCACAUCGUUGGAAACAGAUGAACAAGCCAAGGAUACAAUGAAUGAAAAUGUUGACGUUAAAGAUAUGGAAUGUUUGUAUUUGUUUGGAAGAACUGAUCGACAGAAGGAAGAAUGGUUUUACAGAAUUCAGAGAGCAAUCAACGUUGCAUUGGCUCGACAUAAAGUGAAUAAAACUGAACCUAAUCAAAAGGAAGGCAAUGAAAAUGAGCCAUUGUUGAACAUAGAGGAUGAAUGGGGAAUCAUUGAGGAAAAUCAUUAUGAAGAAGAAAUGUUCUUGUCCUCAAGCCUUCGCAGUGUAGAUACAAUUAACAGCGAUCCACUUCGAGCGUACAAGGAUUAUUAUUUACAUAUAUCAAGACUCAUGCCUGAUGAUAAACCAAAGUGGCAAAACACACAGAGGAAAGGUGAAUAUCCAACUAAAAUUGAGAGCGUGGAUGUUGGGAUCCAGGAGCCAGGGUUGGAUGUUGCUUGGAUUAAUGCUUUACUCGGGAGGAUCACUUUUGAUUUUCUUCGACAACCUUCGUGGGCAAAGUGGCUUUCAAUCAAAAUCCAAAAGAAACUCGACAAAAUAAAACUUCCUUACUUCAUGGAUGAACUGAAGCUAACAGAGAUGAAUCUUGGAAGUACGGUUCCAUUAGUUCACCAAAUAUCUCUUCCUAGACUUGAUGCACAGGGUUUGUGGCUUGAAAUGGAAGUGACUUAUAUUGGAACUGUUCAGAUGACGCUUAAAACAAAACUGGUUCUCACUAAGCUUGGAAAGCAAGAACCAGUAUUGAAAGUUGAUAAAAACAGUUUGAGCGGAUCUUCAGCGAUCACAGACAGCGACGCGGAGGAUAGUGCUGAGUCAUCUGACGACGAAGAUGAGUCGACAGUUUCAAGAAUUGUCGGACAAGUUCAAACUGCUGUUUCUAAAUUUGAUGGGCCCCAAAUAUUGAAGGGGAAUCCCAACCCCCUAACCCCACCCACAGCAGGGGCUGCCCCUCCAAAGAAGUGGGUUCGGAUCGUGGAUUCCAUCGCAAAGUCAAAGUAUUUUCAAAGAGCGACAGAAAGUGAAUUCAUCCGCAAGAAAUUGGAAACAGUUUCCAACACACCCAUGAUGUUAAGUGUGGAGUUGUUGCAACUACGUGGCGUCCUCGCGAUUAAUAUCCCACCGCCUCCUACUGACAGAAUAUGGUAUGGGUUUCGAGAGCCACCAAAUAUGGUGAUAAAAGCUCACCCACAAGUUGGGGAGAGGCUUGUCCGAACCUCACAUGUAACUGACUGGAUAGAAAACAAGUUACAGCAAGAGUUCGUGAAGGUACUCGUGAUGCCGAACAUGGACGACAUUCCCAUCCCUGUGAUGUUCAACAAUCGCACUUCGUCGUGACCCUUGUUUACCAGUGUUGACUAACUUGGUGUGUAGCAAGUGAUGUAUUUACUUACAAGUGUUCCCUGCUUAUUUUAAAACUAUCUUUUUAAACUGAUUAUAUCAAAUCAACUGGGUAUUGGUUUAUUUGUAAUUCUUCUGGUUGUUAAACAGUUUUUCUUUCAAUUUUACUGUAUUAACCACCUGACUUGAUAACUCUACUUUUAAAGCACUUAACGUAGAAACUGUUGUGUUAAAGCUACAUGCAGCAUACAUUGAAAUAGCAUACAUAGGUAGACUACAGACAUUCUGAUUUAAUAUUUACAAAUGCAAAAAUAACAUUUUGCAGUUUUCUCCACGUUUGUGCAAUGUCAUGUUGUUGAAUGUGCAAUAUAGUAGCGGUACAUUAACCAAUUCAUGCUUGGCCCCUUCACUGAUGUAGCUUCAUUCACAUUAUUUUUCAUUUCAUAUCACGCACCAUGCUUGCAAGUGUGAAUGCUCUAAUGUAUUGUAUGCACCACUUAAUGAAAUAAGUUUUUCCGCCCUACACAGUGAUAUACACCAAGCUUUGUAGAACACACACACACACUGCAGUAAUAAUGCCGCCACAAUUUGUAAUGAUCACCUGCAAAAUAUAAACACAACUCAUCACAUCCCAUACGUAUAUAAACAAAUAUCCUUUAGAUCAUUUCCUGUACCAUGUAUGACACAAGCUUUAUUGAAAGUUAGUGUAACAACAGUAAAAAAUAUUCAAAGAUAAAUAUGCUUUGUUUAAUACGAACAUGACAGCUUUUAUGUUUGAUAUUUAUAUGGGGUGUCAUGUUUCUAUUGAAACUGACCAUAAAGUUUUUUAUUCACCUAAAUAUGCUUUGUUUCACAUAAGUAUGUCAGUGCUUCUCAACCUUUGUUACAAGAUAUUGGGCAUAAAGUAAUAGAAAAGAUUUGACAAUCUCCAAAACUGUACACAUUUUUCCUAAGCAGUAACUGUCAAAAAUGUUUACUGAUCGAUUUAUUUUUGGCCAAACAAAAUCAAAGAACCAUCUUUGGUCUUGCGGGCUGAAAAGUAGUGACAUAUAUUUUUUUUCAAAUAAUCAAGUUGCAUUUUGUGAGUGUUGCUUUUUAAAUUUGCUGUGACAGAAUUCUUCACUUUCUUUGCCUUCUAUGUAUGAAAUACAAUUCAAUGUGCAAUU